GACCUGCCCCCACUCGGAGUCGGGCGGCGGGCUGCGUGCGCCAGGAUGGCUUCGAGACCCACUGAACCGCGCUCCUGUGACACAUUUGUGGCGCUGCCUCCAGCAACAGUUGGCAGCCGGGUUUUUUUUGGAAAAAAUUCAGAUAGACCCUGUGAUGAAGUGCAAGAGAUCGUCUAUUUCCCUGCCGCUUCUCAUAAGGCAGGAGACAAGCUUGAGUGCACUUAUAUAGAAAUUGAGCAAGCAGCAAAAACAUAUGCGGUUGUUUUGAGUCGUCCAUCUUGGCUAUGGGGUGCUGAAAUGGGAGCCAAUGAACAUGGAGUUUGUAUUGGGAAUGAAGCAGUGUGGGGACGAGAAGAAGUCUGUGAUAAUGAAGCACUCCUAGGCAUGGACCUCCUCAGACUUGGACUCGAAAGAGCAGAUACAGCUGAAAAUGCCCUCACUGUCAUGGUUGACUUGCUAGAAAAAUAUGGACAAGGAGGAAACUGUAUGGAGAGUCACAUGGCAUUUACCUACCAUAACAGUUUUCUGAUAGCUGAUAGAAAGGAGGCUUGGGUACUGGAGACUUCAGGAAAAUACUGGGCAGCAGAGAAAAUAGAAGAGGGUGUGCGGAAUAUCUCUAAUCAGCUCUCUAUAACAACCAAGAUCGACCGGGAACAUCCCAAAAUGAGAGAUUAUGCUAAGAGCAAAGGCUGGUGGGAUGGUGAAAAAGAAUUUGACUUUGCUGCUGUAUAUUCCUACGUAAAUACUGCCAGAAUGACAACUUCAAGGGGCAGAUACUGUGAAGGCUAUAAGCUACUGAAUAAACACAAAGGCAAUAUAACUUCUGAAAUAAUGAUGGAAAUUCUUCGGGAUAAAGAGAGUGGCAUUAAUAUGGAAGGAGGAUUUAUGACAACUGGAAGUAUGGUCUCCAUCCUACCUCAGGAGCCUAAUCUCCCUUGUAUUCAUUUCUUUACGGGAACUCCAGACCCUGACAGGUCUGUUUUUAAGCCUUUUAUUUUUGUGCCAAAUAUUACUCAGUUACUAAAAACCAGCUCACCAACAUUUGGUCAUGAUGAUCCAGUGAAGAAGAAACCACGGUUUCUGACUAAGCCAGAUCGAAGACAUGAACUCUAUAAGCAACAUGAAAGUGCUGCUGUGGUUAUGGAAACCUUCAAGGAAAAGGGUAAAGAGAUGCUGGAACAGAUACGGAAGUUGGAGAAAGAGAAAAUUAACAAGAUGGAAUCAAUCCUGCAAAAUCGAUGUCUUGAUGUUAACCAAGCUGUUAACCUUUUUUCACAGUGUGUGGAAGAGGAAAUCAACACAUAUUGCCUAAGAGUAUAAAUCAAAUACAGUGGAAUUUGGUCUUGGUGAUCAUCA